AUGGGCACCCGCGAACCGCCCGACAACGUGGCGGUGGGCCCGGCGGCGUCCGUUGUGGAAUCCGGUGGCUCGGGGGGCGCGUUCGCGUCGGAGCUGAAGGUAGACGGCGGCAAGGCGACGGUGACGCGCGAGGUCGAUUCGGGCCUCGAGACGCUGAGCAUGCCCGCGCAUCAGCCGCUGGAAUGCGCCGUGCCCCCGGCCGCACAUGGCCGCUGCAUCCGCACGAACGCACAACUGCACGCGGCCGUUGUAUCUCCACCGCCCUCUGUCCCCGUGCUUUCAACUUGCAGGCCCCUUCCUGCGGUGGUGACGGCGGAUUUGCGGCUGAACGAGCCACGGUACGCGACGCUGCCCAACAUCAUGAAGGCCAAGAAGAAGAAGAUCGACAAGAUGACGCCCGCGGACCUCGGCGUCGAGAUCAAGAAGCACCUGACCACGGUCAAUGUUGAGGAGCCACCC